GCUGCCUUGCUGCCCUGCGGCUGAAGGUGUGGCGGAUCCAAGGAGUGACCACCCCAGGAAGCAGUCCCUGGAGCGGAAGUGAGAAUGGCUCCCACGAGUGAGGAGUGGGAGUGAAGAAGAGCAGCUUCUCCAGACCCUGGGGACCCAGGUGGGCGUGAGCGAAGAUUUGACUUGAAAAUGAGUAAGUGCAGAAAGCCACCAGUUCAGCAGUUAGCAAGUCCUGAGACAUUCAGCCCAGAUGUUCUUGCUGACAUUUUUGAACUCUUUGCCAAGAACUUUUCUUAUUGUAAGCCAGUUAAUAAUGAAUGGCAAUUACCAGAUCCCAGUGAGAUUUUCACCUGUGACCAUGCAGAAUUAAAUGCAUUUCUUGAUUUGAAGAACUCCCUAAAUGAAGUAAAAAACCUCCUAAGUGAUAAGAAACUGGAUGAGUGGCAUGAGCACACUGCUUUCACUAAUAAAGCAGGAAAAAUCAUUUCUCAUGUAAGAAAAUCUGUGAAUGCUGAACUUUGCACUCAAGCAUGGUGUAAAUUUCAUGAGAUUUUGUGCAGCUUUCCACUUAUUCCACAGGAAGCUUUUCAGAAUGGAAAACUGAAUUCUCUACACCUUUGUGAAGCCCCCGGAGCUUUUAUAGCUAGUCUUAACCACUACUUAAAAUCCCAUCGGUUCCCUUGUGAUUGGAGUUGGGUGGCUAAUACCCUGAAUCCAUACCAUGAAGCAAAUGACAAUCUUAUGAUGAUUAUGGAUGACCGGCUCAUUGCAAAUACCUUGAAUUGGUGGUACUUUGGUCCAGAUAACACUGGUGAUAUCAUGACCAUGAAAUAUCUGACUGGACUUCAGAAUUUCGUAAGCAGCAUGGCAACCAUUCACUUGAUCACUGCUGACGGGAGUUUUGAUUGCCAAGGAAACCCAGGUGAACAAGAAGCUUUAGUCUCUUCUUUACAUUACUGUGAAGUUGUCACUGCUCUGACCACUCUUGGAAAUGGUGGCUCUUUUGUUCUGAAGAUGUUUACUUUGUUUGAACAUUGUUCCAUAAACCUGAUGUACCUGCUAAACUGUUCCUUUGACCAAGUCCAUGUUUUCAAACCUGCUACUAGCAAGGCAGGCAACUCAGAAGUCUAUGUGGUGUGUCUCCGCUAUAAAGGAAGAGAGGCUAUCAAUCCUCUGUUAUCUAAGAUGGUGCUGAAUUUUGGGACUGAAAUGACCAGAAAAGCACUCUUUCCCCAUAAUUUGAUUCCAGAAUCAUUUCUUAAAAGACAUGAAGAAUGUUGUGCAUUUUUUCAUAAAUAUCAGCUAGAGACAAUUUCUGAGAACAUUCGUCUGUUUGAGUCCAUGGGAGAAGAGGAACAGGCAAAGCUGAAUAAUUUAAGGGAUUGUGCUGUACAAUAUUUUAUGCAAAAAUUUCAACUGAAGCCUCUUUCCAGAAAUAACUGGCUAGUAAAAAAAUCUAACAUUGGUUGUAGUACAAAUACAAAAUGGUUUGGGCAGAGGAACAGAUAUUUUAAAACCUAUAAUGAAAGGAAGAUGUUAGAAACCCUUUCAUGGAAAGAUAAAAUAGCCAAAGGAUACUUUAAUAGUUGGGCUGAAGAACAUGCUGUAUAUCAUCCUGGGCAAAAUUCUCUUUUAGAAGGAACAGUUUCUAAUCUUGAGUGUCACUUAUGGCAAAUUUUAGAAGGAAAGAAAUUGCCAAAAGUAAAAUGUUCUCCGUUUUGUGAUGGUGAAAUAUUAAAGACUCUGAACGAAGCAAUUGAAAAGUCCUUAGGAGAAACUUUAAAUUUGGAUUCCAGGCCAACACAGCAAUGUUAUUGUUCUUGUCACAUUUUUUCAGAAGAACUAAUAUUUUCUGAGUUGUUUAGCCUUACCAAGUGCCUUCAGGAUGAACAGGUUUUAGAACCCAGCAACCAGAUAAAGUGCCUGCUUGUGGGUUUACCAACACUCCAUGAUGUAAAAAUGAACAUACCAGUGGAAGUUCAACUCCUGGAAUCAGCUGAACUCAUGACUUUUAACUGUUCAUUGCUUCAUGAUGGAGACCCAACUUACCAGCAUUUGUUUUUAAACUGCCUUCUACAUUCAUUACAGCAGCUUCAUGCAGGAGAUAUGAUGAUUUUGCCUGUACUUUCUUGCUUAACAAGAUUUAUGGCUGGCUUGAUCUUUGUACUCCAGAGUUGUUUUAGAUUCAUCACGUUUUCUUGUCCCACAUCCUCUGAGCCCCUGAGAACUUGUGCAGUCUUGCUAUGUGUUGGUUAUCAGAAUCUUCCAAAUCCAGUUUUCCAGUAUCUGCAGAAUAUGAAUGAAUUGUUGAGUACUUUGCUUAACUCUGAUGCACCCCAGCAGGUUUUACAGUUUGUGCCAAUGGAGCUGCUCCUUAAUGGGUCACUACUUGAUUUUUUGUGGGAUUUAAAUGCUGCUAUUGCCAAAAGGCAUUUACAUUUGAUUAUUCAAGGAGAGAGAGAAGAGAUCAGCAGCAGCCUUCAUUUAUGAAAUUUAAUUUGUUCUUUCUGAGAUUCAAUUUUGUGACAUUUUCCAAUGUUAUUGCAUCUGUUUGCUCUAUCAAUUUAAUAUUUUUCAUUUGGGGGAAAGACCAACUUUUACAUCAUCCAAGAUUUUAAUUCCAGAAAACCAUCAGCUAGUUCUGAUUUCUAGGAUACAUGCAUCCAUGUAGAGUUGUUCCUUGGCAAAAAUCUAUUCAGUGAUGGUAUUCACCUCUAAACAUGAGGAUGUGUGCAUUUGGAGAGGAUAUGCCCAUGCUUACACAAUGCAAUUGAUUUGAUCUUACUUAUCUGCUUAAGAUCUGUACCUAUGUGCCUUCAUUCAGAGUUUUUUUCCAACUAACUUCUCAUUGGCUAAUGAUAUUAAUGAGUUGAGCAGUCAAAGGAGGAGGCACUCCUCAGCAACAGGACUUCAUUUAGCUCUUGACAGUUUUGGAUAUCAGGGAACUCACUGUGCCAGAUUUCUUGGUAUAUGCCAUUCAUUGCUUUUAGACCAUGGACUGGAUUUUAUUUUAUGUUUCAAAUGAAACUAGUGUGCUAUUUUACAAAUAUUUUACUAAGUACAACCAUGCAACUAAUAAUAAGACAGCUUCAAACCAAAGAUCAUGUUUAAAACAAUGAAUAAUUGUGUCUAGUACACUCCUGUAUCAUGAAAACUUCAUUUAACAAUGUAGUAGUAAUUUUUAACUUCCAGGAAAUUAUCAGUGAAUGAAAAGAUUUUUAUUUAAUUUUAAGGUAAUCAUUUAUAAUCUUAUAGUCUUAUUAUAUUGGGAAUAUAUGAAUGUUAUGA